AGGCUUUCCCACUCGGAUGUUUCGAGGCAGAGGCGACCGGAAAAGGGAGACGAAACAGCUUCGGGGGAGGGGCCGGAAGUGGCGCCAGCGAGGGCGGAGGGGCUGGCGGCGCCGGGCCUGAGGGAAGGAGGGAAAAAGGGGUGAGGCGCAGUUGGUGGGCCCAUGGCCUGGCUCGGCCCCGGAGACCGCCGCGGGAAGAAAAAGAAUGAAUACGUGCUGCUGGUGUACCCCUGGUGGUCUCAAGGCCAUCCAGUUGCUGGAAAGUUAUGCUUCUAAGGUGCUGCCCCCUGGUGAACUUGCUGCAGCCAACGAUGACCUCUGCUACUGUCUCGAGUGCGUGGAUGAGUACCACAAAGCAAGGGAUAAGUCACCAUCCCUGCAAACGGUCCUGUGGCAGUUGGAAAUGACCCGCCUUAUUAAACACUUAGAGAAAACCUUGAACAAGAGAAAAGAAACUCCUGAUUUAUUUAUUGUCGAAGGAGACAAGGAAACACCAUGUUGCGGUUAUACCGAUUCCGACUUGGAGAGAGACCUCAGCAUCCCUUUGCUUGAAAUACUGAAAUACCCAUAUCUGCUGUUUAAUGAGCGUCUCAAUGACUUGUUUGUUGAGGCGCUUUUUGAGGUAGAGAAAAUCAACUACAGCUAUGAGGUUACUGGCAAACAUCCAGGGAUUUACCUGCUUGUGGUUCACCCUAAUGAACAAAUCCGUCGGUGGGCCAUCCAAACAGCCACAAAUCUGGGGGAUGUGGACAGGGAUGACUACUACGACAUACAGGAAGUGUUUACGUGCUUGUUCAAAAUGAUUGAGUUGUUUGAAAAACCUGAUGGUUGUAACUCUGCCGAGUCAGAGGAGGGAAGACUCAACCGGUUGCCCCCCCAUCUCUAUGAUACUAACGACUACAAAAGCUACUGGCUAGGCAUUUGCAUGUUGUUAUCGGUACUGGAAGAACAAGCUAUGGAUUCAUUGUUACUUGGCCCAGGAAGACAGAACAAUUUCAUGCAAUCGAUACUGGACACAAUGGGGAAAACCAGAGAUGAUGAGAAGCAGGAUCCCUUCUGGCCAGCGCUGCAGUGUUUCCUGGUGAUCUUGAAUCGGCUUGGGUCCAAAGUGUGGGGCCAGCUGUCUGACCCAAGAGAUGCAUUUGAAACUAUUAUCAGCAGUCGAAGUUACAAGAAUAAGAUCGAGCGCAUUCGCCAAAGUUGCAGGAGGACUAAAACUGAGCCUUUCUCUGACUAUGGAGAUGAGAUGAUGACUUCCAGCCAGAUGGUUUAUAACUACCACACAGAAAAGCCCCAAAAGGACGUUGGGUGGAAGGCGGCCGUUUGGCCCGAUUACUUCCGCAACUUGCAUGAGGAUAUGCAGGGUUUGGCCGGCAUGCUUCAGUCCAACGCUGACCAAGAGGAGCACUGGCACAGCAACACGUUUCUGUGGUUCGUCCCUUUUGUUCAUUCCCUCAUGGACUUGAGCCAUGGGAUCCCCUACAUCAUGAGGGUCAUCAGCCACCUGUGUCUCGAAAUCAACAAGGUCUUCUGCGAAGGCACCCAAUAUUGCGACAAGGCAUCCGAGAGCUUCAUCCUGAUCCUGGUGGCGGUGGUUCAGCUCCAUUUGGCGAAAGGGUGCCUCCACUUGCUGUGGAUCAGCUCACUGUUCUGGGUGGAGGCCAUGGUGAAAUGCGCUAAACUUCCCAGCAUGGCGUUUGCUCCCGGCAGUGAGGGCGCUCUCCGAAACCUCCCGAGGACCUCGGGCUCAGUCUCAUCGCAGGGACCUUGCUCCGUGCAGCUCAUCUGCAUGAGGCUGAUACGGAGCCUCUUGAAGGAAGCCUACCAGCAAGGGCAGAUAGGCAGCUGCAAGGUCUUCCUUGACAGGCUCAAUUUACUCCUGCGCAACAAUGACGUCUCUCAGGGUUGGCAUCUGAGCUCUGAGGACACCAACGAAUUGCAAGCAUGCCUACAGAAGUUCAUCCAAAGCAUUGACGAGAAAAAGUUAGCGGCUGCCUCCCACGGGGAGAAUGCCACCGCAUGUAUUUCCACACCUGUUUUUUCAGUAAAGCAAGAAAAAGAAACGGGGGAUGACAGGCGUCCAGUGAAUACAUCCAGCGAGCAGGCUGCUUAUGUGUCAUUAAGGAGGGACGAAGCAUGCCAAGAAGGGACAUCCCUCAGGAGAGUCUCCGGCUUGGGGGAGGAGCACAAGGAAGUCUCUUGUAGAGACCAAAGCCUGCAUAAGACCUCAGAAUCGUCUGUGUCCAAAAUAAAGCAGGAGCCCAAAGAGAAAUCAGUACUGGAAGGCAAUAAUUUGGCCUGCCUCAAGUUAGCAGAUGAGCACAAAAACACCCAGAACAAAGAACACUGUCCCACAGACCCAGGAAAUAAGAGGCAGGGUGAUUCCUCAUACAACAGUUACUUUGAGCAAAGCUUCCAGAACCUAGAAAACAAUGAUAGAAAUGGAAAUGAGGUCAGGUCUAGAACUUCCAAAUGUUUGCCGGUUCCUGACAAGGAUGCCGAUAGUAGGAACAGCACCAGCAAUUCGGCAGCGAAGAUGAAUCUGGCUAACUUAAAAAACGUCAAAGUCGUGUUGGAGAGACCCAGCUUAACCACCAAGUUAGCACAGUUUCUUAAAAAUAAUAAGAGAGGAACUACCACACCUGAAACAGUGGCAGAAAAGCAGCCGUGUCUCAAAGACAGGAGCAGAGGUCAAGAAGAGGAGACAAGUGAAAUAAGUGGCACUAGUUAUAGCGUCCCAAACGUGCACAAACAGAAGCUGAGCUCAGCCAGUGCUUCUGAAGACAAGCCACUCUGCCUCCCAAAGAAAUGCGUAGACAGGCUGGCAGAGUUGAGAGGUGCCCCGAAAGCAGAGCGUGAUUUGGAAGACAGUAGCAGUGAUGACGAACACAUUCCAUAUUCAGAGAUCAGGAAAGAGUUGGUGAAAAGCAGAUCGGCUGCUGCAACCACCCCGCUGACAGAUUCGCAGAUUGACCGAGACCUCAGUAGACUCUCCCUAGCUGCAUAUGCCAAAGGAAUCAACUUUCCUGUUGAUUCGAGCCCAGAAAGCAUUGUUCACGAGCAGAGCAGCAUUCAGAGGAAAGUCGGAGGUGCUGUGAGAUCAUGUUCUGGCAGGGAGAGCAGCCAGUCAUCAUCAGAUGCUAAUGAACCCGGCAAUCAAAUCAUUGUGAUUUCUGAUUCUUCUUCGGAUGAGGAUAAAAACAAAACGCCUAUGGCAACAGAGCAAGAGAGAGAGAGAAGAGGCGCAAGUCUCCAAAAGCAGUCUGACUGUGCAUUUGAAAGUGCCAGAGGCCGAGAGUCACCCACUGCCUCCUGUUCCCCUCUGCCAGCUGAAGAAUGCGAAUCACAGUAUUUUGAAUUUGAAACAGAGGAAGAGAUCUACUCAGUCUGGCAAGACAGCCAGGGGGACGAGAAGAUGGCAGACCCUUCAGAGGAGCAAGGCCUUCUGAUAAAGCCCAAAAGCAGCCAUGCGCAAUGUGACUCGGAAACUAAAAGACAAAUGAACGACCGAGAUUACGAUACCGACUAUCUUGGGGAAGAUGUUAUUGAAAAAGCAGCUGAGGCUUUUGAGCGACAGGUAAACUCAAAGGGGAAAGAUAGAAAAGCUGAAACGCCUGAUGAUGAUGAAGCAGCUGUCGGCCAAGGGAACACGAAGCGUUUCACAGAGAUAUGUGCUGAUGAUGGAGGAUGUCCCAGGCCUGAAAAUCCACGUUUGCUCAGCCCAUCCACAUCAGCUGGUCCUUCAGGAUCAAAAUCUGCCAAUGGAAAAUCAAAUAAAAGGCCAGCAAAAUCAAAUAAAAGUCCAGCAAAAUCCCAGCUGCUCAAGAUGGCCCAUAAGAGAGCUGAGAAAGGAAAUCUCAAGCUAAUUGCUCUCAACAAAAAAUCACCACAGACCAAAUCUUUCAAGGCUGCCCCUGCUGUGGUCCUACCAAAGAAGAUUCACUGGUAUCCUCAGCCAACAUCAACUGUGGAAAAACUUGGCCUGAAAAAGGCCCCUCGCAAGGCAGCUGAGCUCUCUCAACGUUCGCUAGACUGUCUUGCUGAAUUGCGCAGCUACGGCAAAGCCGCUGGCGAGUUGGGUGUUCCGCAACAAAGAAAGUUGAAAUUGAUUCCAGCACGGAGCCUGGUUGAUAAAAACAGGAAAAUGUUGGCUUGCCAAGAUCUGCAGUUCUACAUGCAGUCGAAACCCAAACUAAAAGAGAGAGGUCGACGUAAUCAUGGGAAAAAUCCUGAGACUAAACCCCUCAAAACAGCCAAAAAGGCAGAUCUUAAGCAGAGAGCCCCACAAGUUGCAAGCAGGGCUGCUAGUGAAGUUCAGAAAGAAAGAGCUGAGCGCUCCAGUAGCGCCUCCAAGAGUGAAAGGAAACAGCUGUGCCAGCAUUCACUGAAGAGGGAGGAAGUCCAGGCGACAUCUGUCCUUCCAGCAAACAAGGAGUUUUCAUUGGUCGGUCAGUCUGCCACUUUUGAUAUGGAAGUUGAAGAAGACACAGCAACUGUCGCACCUUCUCUAGGCAAUUUAGGUUCCACUGUAACUGGAGGUACUAAAACGGACUCCACGGCCUCUUCAUUUUUCUUCUCUAGCUCUUGUGAUAAAGCGGUUUCGAAAGAGACAGAAUCUAAAUUAAGCAGGGAUGACGAGGAGGAUAAUGACCUGUUUUUAACACAGAGAGACCCAGAGGAUAUGGAGAUAUGUUCACAAUUGGAAAAUGGUAUAAUUGUGGCAGAAAAUGUUCCUGAACGCCCCUUGCAAGGCCACUCCUUCAGUAUUGACACGUGCAAGCACACCGGGUGUGCCGAAAAGGUUAACAAAGCAGGAGCGCACUGCGCGAACCAUUCUGCUCUCGUUCCCGCGGAGCAUGUCUUUGCCAAGCCUCUUCCCCCUAAACCGUCAACAGCAAAAAUUUUCAGCUCCACUUCAAGGAGUGCCAGCCUCACCAAGGAUCUGGAGAACAUUCACAAGCCCCCCCCGGCUGUGAAGAGCAAACCCACCUUGAAGAUGGACGGGAUCAAGCGCCUGUCGUUCGUGAAUGUUCUCGGGCCUCGGAAUUCAAACAGCGACCCCCUGAGGCAGAACACGCGCAGUAACCACACUGCCGAAAUUGGCAAAGCUCGGCCGACCCCUGGAAUUCACGCUGAGCAAAAGAUGCACCAUCGCUUCCCACAAGUCAACCAUGUGAACGCCCAGAGGAGAGACCACAGCAUUUUCAACAGAGAGGUCCUAAAGUGGAACUAUGACAUGUUUGCCAGAUUCAGCCAGUUUGGGGCGCCUGAAAGCCUUCUGCAGUCGAUUGUGGCCCCUGUUCCAACGAGAUUGAAGGGUUACAACGACUACUUUGAUACAUUCUUCCCCUUAAUGAUGCUUAAUGCCUUUGAAACGGUGGCACAAGAGUGGCUCGAGAGAAAAGAGCAGAAGGAAUUUCUUCUGAAACUACUGAACCUCAGUGCAGACUCGAACGGAGCAGACUUUACAGCUGAAAUUCAGGAAAUCGACCUGGAGAAUCAGAUGCAUCCCAAGGAAAGCGACUUGGUCUUCUUAACGGUGUCCAAAAGACAAAACCCUUACAGCGAAGAAAGUGGGAUGGAAGUAAUACGUCACGUCGGCCUAGUGACACAUUUUUCCCAGACUUCAGUCCGCGAAGCUAAGAAGAAAGACCAACGGGUCGUCUGCCGCUUGUCUAUCCAGACGCAAGGCAGUUUAGCCUUCAUCAAUAAGGAAGUCAGAUGCACAGUGGUGAGCUCUCUCGUGACGACGCAACGGAGGUUCAAAGCACUGCUUCUGUUGAGCCGAAGCCCUCUGGCCUCGCCCAUCUACAGCGCAUCUUAUGCCAGCUUCUGCCCAAAGAACUUAAACAUGGACUCCGCGAAUGCUGUUCCUGACAUUGCGGAAUACAAUGAAGAUCAAAAGAAGGCCAUUGAGACUGCUUAUACCAUGGUGAUGGACGCUCCCAUGCUUCCCAACAUUUGCCUGAUCCACGGGCCACCUGGAACAGGGAAGUCGAAAACUAUCAUUGGACUCCUGUCCCGCAUCCUGGCUCGGAGACCCGGAACAGAGAAUCCUGCACACAGCUUGAAUGCCAAGAUCAAGCGGAACCGCGUGCUGGUCUGUGCCCCGUCCAAUGCUGCUCUUGACGAUUUAAUGAAAAAAAUAAUUCUUUUCUUCAAAGGAAAAUGUGAAAACAAAGGAAAUCCUUUAGGGAACUGCGGUGAUAUCAACUUGGUGAGGCUGGGGCCAGAAAAGUCCAUCAGCAAGGGAGUCCGAAAGUUCAGUCUGAACGACCAGAUUGAGCACUGGAAGAACAGAGGGAAGCUUGGCCACGACCAGGAUCUCCACAAGAGGAAAGAAGAACUGGACCAACAGCUGGAUAUGUUAUCUCGCCAGCGUGCAAUGAAGACGCAGGAAAAGAAACAGCAACUAGAUGAGGAGAUCUUCAAACUUUCAAAGGAGAGGGAGCGACUUGCUCAUCAACUGAAGGAGGUCCGGGGACGGUCUCAGGAGCUGAAAACGAACAUAAUUCUGGAGUCUCACAUCAUCUGCUGUACACUCAGCACAAGCGGCGGGGUGCUGCUGGAAUCUGCGUUCCGAAGGCAGACCUACAAUCCGCUCAGUUGCAUCAUUGUGGAUGAGGCAGGGCAGGCUUGCGAGGUUGAAACUCUCAUUCCGCUCAUUCACGGCUGCCGAAAGCUUGUCCUGGUCGGCGAUCCCAUGCAGCUCCCUCCGACCGUGAUCUCUGUGAGAGCUCAGGAGUACGGUUAUGACCAGUCUCUGAUGGGCCGCCUGUGCAGGCACCUGGAGGAGCAAGUGCAGCAGAACGCGAUCGAGGAACUCCCGGUCCUGCAGCUGACCACGCAGUACCGCAUGCACCCAGACAUCUGCCUCUUCCCCUCCAAUUACAUCUACGGCCGAACCCUGAAAACCGACAGGCAAACAGAAGAGACCCGCUGCUCUUCGAAGUGGCCUUUCCAGUCGUAUCUGUUGUUUGAUGUGCGAGACGGCCAGGAGCAGCGGGAGAGUGACUCCUUUGCAAAUCCCCAGGAAGUCAAGCUAGUGAUUGAAUUAAUGAAGCUGAUAAAGCAAAAAAACAAGCAAAUUGGCUUUCACCACAUCGGAAUCAUCACCCCGUACAAUGCGCAGAAAAGAAGGAUCCUGAAAGAGCUGGAUGAAACCUUUGGAGAGGACCGAGCCGGCAUCGUGGACACCGUGGAUGGGUUCCAGGGCCGUGAGAAGGACUGCAUCAUCGUGACCUGCGUCCGAGCAAACAGCACCCAAGGAUCCAUUGGGUUUUUAAAGAGUCUUCAGCGCCUGAACGUCACGAUUACACGAGCCAAGUACAGCCUCUUCAUCCUCGGACAACUGAAAACGCUCAUGGAGAACAAAGACUGGAAUGAGUUGAUUCAGGAUGCUCAGAGACGAGGCACGAUCAUCAAGACCAGCCGGGAGAGCUAUAGGAAAGAUGCCGCGAAAAUUAUGAAGCUUAAACCAGUGCCCCAGAGAUCCCGCUCUUUGCCCAGUGUUGCUGUGCCAGGGAGAACUCAGCAAGGACCAGCAGGCCCAGUUGGCUGCAAGCCAAAAGAGGACUCCGGCCAAAAACACAGUGAUUCCCGGCAACUCUCGGUCAGCGCCAGCACCUUGGUAGAAGCGAGCCAUCGGUUCCCGUGUCUCCCUGGGUCUCACGUCACCCUGCCUCACCCAGUGACAUCUGUCCAGGAGAGGCCACAAGACCCACGGCUGGCAAGGACACAGAGGGCCCCUGCACAGCAGGCCUGCGUGGCAAAUGGGAAUUCUGCCCCAAGUGGUUCGGGGGAUGCAUUGCCGCAGGGCCUCGACUCUGCUCCCAGGCAGAGAAAUUGCAGCAGUAACACACAGGCCAAGGCAGAAAUGUCUGGGAAACCCGACACUGCCAGAGAGGCAAAGAGACUGGACACAGGAGAGCCACAUCACCAGCCAGAGUGGAAGAAUGGCCAGGAUUCUGCCUCCAGGAGCAGGAAAGCAUCUACAGAAGGCCUGGAGAGCGGAAACCCAGUGGCUGCCAAGAGACGACGGAUCACCGACUAGUCCCCCAGCCUCUCCUCUGCAAGUUCCCUUGUGAGAACUAUGGUUGCGGGAGGGUGGAGGCACCGUUCCUGGCUCUUUGCGCAGCCCACGAGCUCUGCUCCGAUCCGUAAGAUAAUGCCCUUUAGCUAGGAUUUAUGCAGGAAAGAUAGGCCAGUGCUCUUGAUACAAACGGUAGCCAUGGGUUUGCAAAGCCCACACUGUAAAUGUUUGAAGCGAUGUAUAUUUGUAUAGCAUACAGAAAUGGUUUGGGGGCUGGAAUGGAUUGGGUGGUGGCCACGGCUGAAGCUCUUGUCUAUGGGGACCGGUGGAAGGCCCAGCCCAUCCAUGGCCCCUGAAAAGCCUGAACAAAGUAAAAGUUUUGGCCACCAUGCUGCCCGUUUCGGCCCUAAGAGCUCGCCUCUUGAGUGUGGGGCUCAUUUGCCUGCCUUUGGAUCCUUUUUGAUAUGAACAGAUUCCCCAGAAUAUAUUGACACUGUAUUUAAAUUUGGAAAGGACCCACCCAGGCCAUGCUCAGUAAGUUUUUUGCAGCAGGGAACUUUCACAGAAGUGCCUCUUUUGUUGUUGCUGAAAUCUAAUGUGUGGGUACCUGGUGGCAAACUCCACAUGUGACAAAGAAUGUUGAGCAGAAAAUACGUUCUGCUGGCUCAGCUGCACUUUACAGGUCUUUUUCAUUGUGUGUGGGGUGGUUAUUUUUUGUUCUUCUAUUUUUGUAAAUAUUAUCUGCAAAUUGCUAAGCGAUGGGCCUUCGUUCUGAGCAUGGCCGUGUGGUUUCUCGCUGUUGCAAACAACGGAGUGUGUGGCCAGAUUCCCACCCAACCCACAACGAAGGGGACUGACGUGCCACUCCUGGUGCCCCGUGCUCCAGAUCCUCUGCCACUUGGUGCUCCUUACUGGGCGCUUUGAGGGCCAGCCUGAGAUUGCAGUUCCACCCCCCCACCCCGCCCCUUGAAGCCCCACUUCAGGCAUGACUUCCAGUAAUUGGACAGGAUUUUAAAUGAUUAAUUCCAAAUAAUACUUGCAGAACACGUGGAGACAAAAAAGCCAAGUCAUUAACAUGUUGGAGAGCUGUCGCUUUUGCCGUGUAAUAACCUCUUGUGUAAAUAAACUGCAAUAACUUUUUUUUAGAAGACACGAGCGAAUGAAAUGCAUAAAUACAACUGACGCCUCCUUUUCA